AUGGGUAUCCUUGAGAAGAUCGCUCAGAUCGAACAGGAGUUGGCGAGAACUCAAAAGAACAAAGCAACUGAGUACCAUAUUGGUCUUUUGAAAGGGAAACUUGCCAGAUACAGAAGAGAACUUUUAGAACCACAACCAGGACAAGGUGGUGGUGGAGGAGGUCAAGGAUUUGAAGUUGCUAAAGCUGGUGAUGCCCGUGUUUCGUUAAUUGGGUUUCCCUCGGUAGGAAAAUCUUCUUUUUUGUCGAAAGUGACCAACACAAAGUCAGAGGCUGCGAACUAUGAGUUCACAACUUUGACAUCUGUAGGAGGAAUUCUUGAGUACAAUGGUGCUGAGGUACAAAUUGUAGAUUUACCUGGUAUUAUCAAAGCUGCUGCCAAAGGUAAAGGUAGAGGUAGACAAGUCAUUGCCGUUUCUAGAACGUCGGACUUGAUUAUGAUGGUAUUGGAUGCUACCAAAGGUGGUGACCAGAGACUGAUUUUGGAGAAUGAAUUGGAAUCUAUGGGAAUUAGAUUGAAUAAGCAAAAGCCCAAUAUUUCUCUCAAGUAUAAGAAGACUGGUGGAGUCAAGAUGAACCUGAUAACGCCUCCCAAGUAUUUGGAUGAAAAACUUGUGUCGUCCAUAUUGAAAGACUACAAGAUCCACAAUGCGGAUGUACUCAUCCGAGACGAAAAUGUGACUAUUGACGAUUUUAUCGAUGUGAUUAACGAGCAGCAUAUUUCGUAUAUCAAGUGUCUUUAUGUGUACAACAAAAUCGAUGCUGUGUCGUUGGAAGAGUGUGACCGUUUGGCCAGAGAACCCAACACUGUGGUGAUGUCGUGUGAACUAGAUCUCGGAAUUGAGGAUCUCAAGGAAGAAAUAUGGAGAAAGUUGGAUCUUCUCAGAUUGUAUACCAAGAGAAGAGGUGUGGAGCCUAACUUAGAUGAUCCCAUGGUUGUCAGAAGCAAUUCAACUGUCAAGGAAGUCUGUGACGCCAUUCACAGAGACAUGAAGAAUCAGUUCAAGUAUGCCAAUGUCUGGGGAUCCAGUGCUAAGCAUUCACCACAGAAGUGUGGAUUGAGCCAUCCUGUUAACGACGAAGAUGUAGUGGAGAUAGUCACGAAGUAA